UUGAUGAUCAGUGUAGCCCCAGCAGUGCCACCUAUUAGUGUCCAUCAGUGCCUUGUGUCAGUGCUCAUCCAUGCCACCUGCCAGUGCCCAUCAGUGCCACAUCAAUGCCACAUAUCAGUGCCUACCAGUGAACAUCAAUGCCACAUAUCAGUGCCCAUCUGAGCUGCCUUUCAGUGUCACCCAUCAGUGCCAGCCAGUGCCACCUAUCAGUGCCACCUAUCAGUGCCAGUCAGUGCCACCUAUCAGUGCCAUCAGUGCCGCCUAACAGUGCCAGUCAGUGCCGCCUAACAGUGCCAUAUAUCAGUGCCAUGUAUCAGUGCUGCCUUUCAGUGAUGCCUGUCAAUGCCCAUCAGUGCCACCUACCACUGCCUCAACGGUGCCCAUCAGUGCCACCUAUCAGUGUCCAUCAGUUCAGCCUAUCAGUGCCCAUCAAUGCAGCCUAAUUAGCGCACAUCAGUGAAGGAGAAGAAAAAUCACUUACUUACAAAAUUUUAUAA